UCCGCCGCCGUGAGGCGCCGGCGGCAAGCAGUUUGAGGCGGAGAUAACGUUCCUCCGAGAGCUCGAGUCACGAGACAACGGUUCAUAUCUCUUUUUUUCCCCUCCUAUUCCAUCGGGUGGUCCUGCUGGGGCCCUCCUAGUGAGCUUCCCGGGUAAUGCAGGAGUCCCCGAACGAUGCGCUCGCUGCAGUUUGCCCCUCUGAUCUCCGCAGGAGGGGCUCCCACGGUGCCGUUCGAGAUACGGCUUAACUAUUGAACGAACGCUUCUGUUUGGAAUGCUCUCCCUGCUUCGUGGCAGAUCCAUUGCAGAGAACCACCCCUGAUUUCGUGUGGCGAGGAUGAAUUGGUUUCAUCAAGUCUCCACCUUCCCGUGAUGGGCUUCAUUCCUUUCCAUUGGGUUGCUGCUUUGCUCGAUACCUCCCCUUCCUGAGUGAAGCCUUGGAGAGCUCCUCGUUCCGUACCAAUGUCGCUCUUUAGCCAGACCCGUUUUGAGGAAGACAGCCAGGAGCAACCAGCUGUGGGAUACUGGAAACCACUAAUGCCGUCCAAAGGCAGCAAGAAGGAGCCAGAGACUGGAUGCCAGAAUGCAGGCAGCGGGGAUGACAGCCAGUCCACUGAGCAGCGCAACGUCUCGCGUCUCCGCAGCUCUUCAGUGGAGAUCCGGGAAAAGGGCUCUGAGUUUCUGAAGGAAGAGCUGCACAAAGCACAAAAGGAGCUGAAGCUGAAGGACAAAGAAUGUGAGAGACUGUCAAAAGUCAGAGAGCAACUGGAGCAGGAACUAGAAGAGUUAACAGCUAGCCUGUUUGAGGAGGCACACAAGAUGGUGAGAGAAGCAAACACAAAACAAGCGGCGUCAGAGAAGCAGCUGAAGGAGGCAUGGGGAAAGAUCGACAUGCUGCAGGCAGAGGUAACAGCUCUGAAGACGCUUGUGAUCACAUCCACACCUUCCUCUCCAAACUGGGAGCUACACCCUCAGCUCCAGAGCCCUUCUAAAGCCGUUUUCAGGAAAGGCCAUGGGCGAAACAAGAGCACCAGCAGUGCAAUUGUCACAGCCGUCAGCCAGAAUGCAACUCCAGCACCAGUCAGUCGUGAGUGCAAAGAGAUUGAUUCCAUUUUAUUUGCCGAGUUCCAGUCCUGGAAGGAAUCUCCAACUUUGGAUAAAUCCUGCUCCUUCCUGGACAGAAUUUACCGAGAAGAUGUAGGACCUUGUCUGGACUUUACUAAACAGGAGCUGUCUGAGCUGGUGCGAGUGGCUGUGGAGCAGAAUACACUCACCAUUGAGCCUGUUGCUUCCCAGAUGCUGCCUGUGGUGAAGGUGUCAGCAGAGGACUCUGGUGGGCCAAAGAAGUGUGCUCUAAGUGGCCUCCCCAGGACCUGCAAACACCGCAUCAUGCUGGGGGAUUCUGGGAAUUACUAUUACAUUUCACCAUCCUGUAGGGCCAGGAUCACAGCGGUGUGCAACUUCUUCACAUACAUUCGCUAUAUCCAGCAAGGCCUGGUGAGGCAAGAUGUGGAACUGAUGUACUGGGAAGUGAUGCGACUCCGGAGGGAGAUGUCUCUGGCCAAACUUGGGUUUUAUCCCAGUGAGAUGUAAUCAUCAGGAGCAGCCUGAGCUUGGAAGGAAAUUGCUCCUGUAUGAAGGACUCAUCAGUAGUGGUCUGCCAAACAGAUGAAUGCAGUGCCUCUCCAGCAGUGGCCUUGCUCCCUCCUCUCCCUCCCUAUGCCUGAUGCUGAUCAUGGAGCAAAAAGCACAAGUUGUACCUUCAGCUGUCCCAUUCCUCCCACUGUGACUGGAAUGCAGCUGCCAAGCUACCCUCUGAGAGCUGGGCUGGUCCUGGCUGCUCAGGGAUGAUUGUCUACAGACUGUCCUUUAUGGAGAUAUGCAGUGUAUAUCCAUUAUUUUUAAACCUUUGUUUUUAUAUACAGUCUGCUUUAGCUUAGUCUGAGGCCAGCCCUGUGCAAAGCAGAAGUCCUGGGCUCCCUUCUUAGUAAGCAAGUCUUUCAGGACAGAUGCUGGCAGUCUGUCUGUCCCACUCAUUCUUUGGGGUGGAGGGUGCUGAAGCCUGCAAGAGAAUCUUUCUUCCAGCUGAGUCACAGGAGGUCUCUGUUUUUAGCUUGGGAUUUGGUGCUGGGUGCUUGUAAUCCAGCUGGGGGGGAGCAAGUGGGGCUGAGGCCAGAACUGUGCACGUGGGACCUCUGGGAGAAGGAAGCAAGCAAGGAAAUUGCAUAAUUUGCAGCUGGUCACAGCUUGGCUGCACUCAGUGCUGGAUAUUUUCUCCCAGCCUUGAGAAUCUGGUGUUGUGUCAUAGGCAGAUGCAGACCUUGUUAGCAUGUUACCAUGUGCACGUUCUUGGUGUGGAAGUCCCUUGUGGUAUUCCUAGAUACAAACCUCACCCACAAACAAAUGCCUUUGUUUUGUUCCUACUCUGAGGGUGAAUUUGGGUACUGUUCACACUGUUUAGAUGGAAACCGUAGUCCCAGGCUGAGUUCUUUAUGUCCAGAAGGAAUAUGCUCAUGUUGGGCACAGCCAUGAGGCCGAGAGAUUCCCUCUCUGCUCUAACACUAGACUUAGAGAUGCAUGUCCAUUUGGAAAACCCAGUAUCCCUCAGGCUGCCAUACCCAAUGAGGAAACUUGAGGUAUUUUUGCACAGAUGAGAGGUGUGGCUGUAUGCUUCAAAACGUGCUGGGAAGGAUAUCACUACAGCUUUUGGAAAGUGGAGGCCAGCUGUAGCUCAGACUUGUCUGUACAGAACUGAACUAACAGUGUUGUAGCUGAUGUAGCCCUUUCUCAGUUACCACCCACUCCAUUAGGUUCCAUCCUUGCCACAGCAGGAAUUUUCUGCCUUUGCUGUAAGAAAACUGAGCUGCUGUGGUUUUGUCCAGGAGAGGGAAGAACUGAGUCCAGCUCAGACAUGGCUGACCUGCAGGCCCCAUUUGUUACCACCCGAGUUCUGCUUUUACCCCUACCACUGAGUGCCUCUUGUCACCCUAAUUGGAUGAGUGCAUGCAUCAGCUGCUCUUCACUGAAGCAAUGUAUUUCAAAUGUGGAGUGAAAGCCUGGAAAAUACAUCUUUGGGUAAGAAUCUGCAUCUGAUUUAUUGGCACCUGCAGACCUGUGUCAAUUAGACAUCAGCUUUUGCCAUGGAGAAAAUAGAAAUGUCUUUUUCCCUCAGCUGCAGAUUUCAGGUCAGUCCUAUCCCUAGCGUUUGUCUCCCCCCGACCUUUUAAUCUCUACAUGUCAUCCUUUGCCAUUGGCUGCUACAUUGCAGAACAGAUGUGGCUACAUUAUAGCACUGGGGAUGGGAUGAUCUCUGUGUAGGAGGUGGUUUGGGAGAUUGUUUCCCCUCGGUGUCAGUUUGUAAAGCACUUGGAGAUAAAAGGAGUUGGAGAAAUGCGUUGUAUGAGGUUGUCUUACAUUUAAAACAAAGCAUUGAGAACAAUUUGAAAAUUAAUAUGAAGUCACUCCGUUAACAACAGGAUGGUUGCACCUUUAAUGAAGGAAAAAUAAACACUUGCUGUUGGCCUCCUCAAA